UGCAGGUGAAAUCAUCGCUUUACUGCCUCUGGACUUAAACACCUUUCUUUCAGUGAUGUCAUCCACUCCCCUGCUGUCUGAGGAACUGUUCCAGUGUUCAGUGUGUCUGGAUGUGUUCACCCAUCCCGUUUCCCUCCCGUGUGGUCAUACGUUUUGUCAGUCAUGUAUUCUUGCUCACUGGACAGCAUCUGGCUCCUCACACUGCCCCAAAUGCUCAUCAGUUUUCCAGGAAACACCGGAGUUGUGUGAAAAUAAUUUUGCCCGUGAGAUGGCAGAGCAGAUCCGUAAGCAGAGGAGUCAGAGGGCAUCGGAGCAUCGUCCAGUGACCUCGGACAACAUUUUAUGUGAUAUGUGCCCAUUAGAGAAAGCAUCACCUGCAGUAAAAUCAUGCCUUAUGUGUGUGGCAUCAUACUGUGAGGAACAUGUGAAAUUGCACACCUCCAGGUUCUCCAGACAUGCACUGGUGCAGCCGCAGCACAGAAUGGACGAGAGAAUUUGCAGUAAACAUGAAAGACCGUUGGAGCUUUACUGCAGAUAUGACCAGACCUGUGUGUGUGUGCUGUGUACGAAUGCAGAACACCACACACAUCACACUAUACCUGUGGAGCGAGAAUGGGCAGAGAGAAAGACUCAGUUAUUGAAGACACAGUCUGAUCUGAAGCGGAUGAUUAAGGUGAGAUGGAGUAAAGUUGAUGAGCUCAAACGCUGUAUCAAACUAAGCAAAGAGAACUCUGACAGAGAGAUGGCACACAGUGUGGAGGUCUUCACUGCACUGCAGCAGUUUAUAGAGAGAAGCCAGUCCGAACUGCUCAGAAACAUGAAACACAAGCAGAAAACUGCAGAGAGACAUGUGGAGACUCUCAUUAAAGAACUGGAGGUGGAGAUCAUGAAACUAAAUGCUAAAAACACAGAACUGGAAAACCUUUCAUGCUCUGAAGAUCACCUCUACCUCAUACAGGUCUUCCCUAGCUCACAUGUGGUGCCUCAGUGUAAGAGCUGGUCUCAGGUCUGUGUGCACACCACUCAUGGUCUGGAGUUACUGAGAGAAACACUGACGGCUACAGAACAACUACUGAGGACUCAAAUAUACACUGCCACACAGAGAGAACUUGAGGCGAUAUCCCAAUAUGCAGUGAAUAUGACCCUUGAUCCUGAUACGGCAAACCCCUGGCUGGUGGUGUCUGCAGACAGGAAGUGUGUGAGUGAUGGCAAUGUGGAGCAUAAUGUCCCAAACAACGUUCAGCGUUUCGACACCGCACCCUGCGUCCUAUCGAGAGAGUCUGUCUCAAGAGGAAGGAACUAUUGGGAAGUGGGCGUGGCCAGUAAAUCAGCAUGGGAUCUGGGUGUGGCCAGACAGUCAGUAAACAGGAAGGGUUUGGUGACUCUGAGCCCAGAUGACGGGUACUGGGCGGUGUGUCUGAGAGAAGGCAGCAAGUACAGGGCCUGUGACCGCCAGUCAGUGCUUCUGCCGCUGCAAACACAGCCACAGAGAAUAGGCAUAUAUGUGGAUUAUGAAGAUGGACGGGUGUCGUUUUAUGAUCCGAGUGCUUGUGCUCAUAUUUAUUCCUUCACUGGACACAGCUUUCAAGAAAACUUACUGGCCUACCUCAACCCAGACAUGAAUGAUGCAGGAAAUAACAAAGCCCCAUUGGUUUUACAUCCUGUUAAUCUUGCCAAUGAUACUGUCACAAUAUAAAGGCAAAGGACUAAUAAAAUUAGAAAUGUUACAACAGAGGGUUGGUGAUAUAAGCAAAACAUUUUAUCGCGAUAUUCUUGACACUUUUAUUGAUAAUGAAAUAUAUAUCAGGAUAUAAUUUAUUAUUAUAAUUUAAUGGAACGUGAUUCAAAAACUAAAACAAACUACUAAAAAAUAAAUAAUGAAAGUUCCUUUUUAAUUUUAAACUAAGUCCAAUGCAAUGGUAGAUCUGUCAUGUUCAUUGCAAUGAAGCAACUAUAUCAAUGCAAAUAAACAAAACAUUAAUUAUCUAUUAACUACUCAACAGCAUCAUUUUCAAUCCAAGCAAAAAAUUAGGCUUCUCUCUAUGUAGUUGCACAUAUUUAUAUGCACCCAAGGGCGUAGAUUUGGCUUGAACAUUGGGUGGGGACGCAGCUUGAAGCAUUUACAUGUUUCCAUUGAUCAUGGUAUAAAUAUUGCAGGGGUUGUACUUGCUUCUUUUGAUUACUGGGGGUGGGGGGGGGUUACCUCUGAAGCAAACACCACCAUUAUGUAGCUAAUUGUUUUGAAUUUAGUCCUCCAUUGGAUACUGGAUAGCUUUCUGGCAACUUUGCACCCUGCUUUAUUUUACUUUUUGUUCCAAAACCAGGAAGUGUAAAAAGGUCUAUUUGUAGUGCAACCUCUGAUUGGAGUGUGCAUACCCGAGCAGAAACUUGAAAAUUCAACCAGUUGACUCAUUUCUACCUGUAUAUCGAAUUGACCAGUAUAUCACCCACCCCUAUAACUGUAUUUCAAAAUUAUUUCAAAUUAUGUCAAAUGAAACUAUAAAAUAUAUGGUAAGUGUUAAUUUGAGCAGAUAAGCUUUUUACUUUUUAAUUAACAAAACAUAAGUACAUGUCCAAUGUGUUUAAUCAUGUUAAAUACACAAAGAGCAUACUGUAUAUUACCCUAGAUUUGUCAUAGAUAAUACAUUUAAUAAAAUGGAUAUUUUUACUGCCAGUGUCACAUGUACUUGCUCUUGUGCUACUCGCACACUUCUAGACUUUUUG